AUGCUCGUGGCUCAUGCACUGCGCGCCGAGGCCAAGAGCCGCAAGAUGGCGCGCGGGACCGCGGGCUUGGCGGAGGGAAACCACCCCCACGUGCUGGACGCGGCAGACCUUCUCAAGACCUCCUGGGACAGCAUCACCCCCACGACCAUCGCCAGGUGCUUCGUGAAGGCCAAGACGCUCCCCGAAGAUAUGGAGGCUGAGCUUACGGCUGCGCACGGGAAGCACAGGCCAAGUGGCUCCGCGGCCCCGGCGGGAGGGCCAGUGCUGGGGCGUGCAGACAAGGAGUCUGUGGAUCUUCUCGCAAAGACCCUCACCAGCAUGAGCUCACGGGUGCAUGAAGCACAGGAGAAGUCCUACGGUGUUGACACGGAGUUGACAGAAAUGCUGGCGGCCCUGGGCAUCACUGCGGGAGAGCCCGCCGAUGCUGCCGCUGUGCGAGCGGCUGAAGUGUGGGCGACGGUGGAGGACCAGCCGGAUGUUGUGGAAGCCGUGCAGCAGGACGCCGUGGACGAGAUGACGGAGCUGCUUCAUGGCACGGCUCCCGCGGAGGAGAGCUCGGACGACGAAGCAAGCGAGGAACCCUAAAGUCAUAUGGCACCUCCGCCGUACGCGGCACUUUCGUCGCACAUCGGGGCUCCGGAGACGGCAGCGGAGGGGAGCGGCAACCGUGACGCCGCUUUCCAUCUACAGAAGGCCAAAAUCGCAAUGAUCGCAGCGCAUGGUUCGAAGGCAGCGAGGCAGACAGACAUGAGACAAUUUUUGUAGACUCGAUAGGCGCAUGGGGGGAGUUGUCAGUUGAGUGGUUCUCCUGGGUCCGGUGUCGUGUCCGGUUUCAUCCUUGUAUUUUCAACUUUCGUGUGCCGUUGUUAGUGUAUCAGGGGGUAGAGAGGUCAGGCUGUUCGAUUUUUUUUGUCAACUUUGUGUUUGACGGCUAAGCACCAGUUGGUCAGCUGGUGCAACAUGUGCAUUUUUCGAUGGUUGUUGUGUUGUGCAGAUCGUUGGACUUUUUGCUGUGGGCGUCCUCUCAUUGUGAUCAGGAUUGGCAGAUUGUUGUC